UACAGAAACCCUGUUCGAUUCCCAAUCCCGUUCUUCUCUCUCGUUCGCAAGUCUUUUCAAUCUUCCCAGAUCGACGCCGACGUUGGCCUACCGUUCGUCGGCCGUUUGCCUGCCCUUGGACAGCCUCAGUUAAGUGGCAGGUAAUCUUGCAUGUAUUUGUUCGAUUGUGGAAUCAGUUCUUAUCGAUACAUGGAACCUGGAAGAUGUUGAUUUGGGAUAGCUACAGUUUUUUUGUGGUGUUCAUCGUAGUUAACAUAAAAGAGAGAUUGGAAGGUUGAGAUCUAGCGAGAAGACGUAGAUGGCUCGAGACUAACGAGAUUGGGAAGGAAAAGAAGAUCAAAGGGCAAAAUUUUCAAGUUGACAGGAUUAGAAGAAGAAAAACUUUUGUGGUCUACUUUCUUUCCACUUAAACAGAGCAUCUAUGGCUUUUCGAGGAUAUGUUUCAUCAUCUUUAUCUGGGAAGCCUGUGCAGGCGCCGGGAAUGAUGCGCCAUGGCCCGUUUCCAGGAUAUUCGCCUUCUGGACUCCACCCUUUGGAGCCUGUAAGCCAUGCUGAAGUUCUGGAAAAGAAGAUUAUGACUCAGGAGGCUGAGAUGGAUAGCCUUACUAUGGAAAAUCGAAGGUUGGCAGCUACUCAUGCGGCACUGAGGCAGGAGCUUGUUGCCUCUCAGCAUGAGCUACAACGAAUCCAUGCUCAUGUUGGAAGCAUCCAUAAUGAAAAUGACAAUCAGAUCAGGGGCUUGUUGGAGAAGAUCUCAAAAGCUGAGGCUGAUAUCUAUGCUUCUGAGGAUGUAAGAAAGGAACUUCAGAAGGUAAAUUUGGAGGGACAAAGACUUCUGGCUGAAAGGCAGGAGCUAACAACUGAAAUCCAGCGCUUGACGGAAGGUCUUCAGAAAGCCAAGGCUGACAUUAAAAACCUCCCUGAAUUGCAUACUGAGCUUGAAGGAUUGAGACAGGAGCAUAAAAAUUUACGUUCGGCCUUCGAGUAUGAAAAGAACUUGAAUAAAGAGCAAGUAGAGCAGAUGUGUGGGAUGGAGAAGAACCUUAUAACAAUGGCAAAAGAAGUUGACAAGCUAAGAGCUGACAUACUGCAAAUAGAGAAGACUGCACAGGCUCCUGUUUACCCUUCUGUCGGUCAAGUUCUUGUCCACAACCCAGAUCAGGGUUACUCUCAAGGCGCUGGCUAUGCAGAAAACGCCAAUGCUGUAGCUAUCAGUUAUCCAAAUUCUGGUUAUAGCCAUGGUGGUUUUAGUGGAUAUGUUCCAGGGUAUGGGAUGGUAUCAACAACUCAAAUGGCAGGUGCGGCUGCAGUUCAGGGAGGGAAUGUCUACAGUACGG